GCGGGAACGUCUAACGUCUCGUGAGCGUCGGCUGCGGCGGUGUUCUUGUGUGUGAGAAAGAGCGUGCUGAUGCCAUGCCGUCCGGCGGUCCAAGUUACGGCAGCUACUGCUGUGUGUCGUGGUGCUUCAACAACGGCAAAACCCAGAAGAAGCCAGGAACGAGUUUCUUCCGCAUACCACGGGACGGCAGGAUGACAGCAUGGAUGCAGUACGCUGGAAGAGACGAUCUUCUGAGUAAGCCGGGCAGCGUAUUGUACGCAACCUACAGCGUUUGCAGCGACCAUUUCACUGCUGAAAGUUUCAUGGACCCUGGGCAUACCAGGCUUACAAAAAUGGCAAUGCCGAGUGUGCACCCAGCUGCACCUU